UUAAAGCCGCGUUUCCACCGCAGGAACUUUACCCAGGAACUAGGGACUUGGUCCGGUACUUGGUGUGUUUCCACCGCAGGAACCAGGAACUAAAUAAAAGUUCCGGGUAAAAAAAUGCCCCCCAGAAAGUCCCUGCUUGCGAGGUGGUACUUUUUCAAAGUUCAGGAACUUUCGGGGGUGGGACUAGGCGCUGAACACGCUGAUUGGUCGGAUUCACGCCGCAUUUCAUUGGUCGACUCCAGGCAGCAGUAAGUUCCAUCCGCCAUUUUCAAACAUUUGUUGCGGUGCGAACAUUCAACAAUGGAAUCUAAUAAAAAAUACGAUCGUUGGACCGACGAGGAGGUGCAGGCUUUAUUAAGCGUAUUUUCAGAAGAGGACAUCCAGCGGGAACUGGAAACGGCGACCCGCAAUGAAAAGGUGUACUUGAGAAUGUCGAGUCGGCUAUGCGAGCUCGGGAUAGUGCACACAGGAAAACAAUGCCGAGAGAAGUUGAAAAAACUUAAGCAAGAUUAUAAGAAAAUAAAGGAUCACAACAACAGAAGUGGAUCCGACCGGCGAACCAACAAGUGGUUUGACCGCCUAGACGCGUUACUAGGACACAGACCAUCAUUUUCUGGUGCAGCGGUGACGUCGGACUCCGCUACUGCAUUGUUGGAAGCCAUGCCGGAAUCCGACGAACAGUGGGUUGAAGACGAAUCGAGUGGGCCGAGUGAAUUGCAGGCAACAGAGGUCAGCGUGUUUUCCCCUGCAAUCACCAGUAGCCCUCGUCUCAAUUGUCCCGCUGAAUCACACACACGCCAAGGCAAGAGGAAAAGGGAUAGUGACUUCCUUGAUGCAUUGCGAGAGAUGGAAGAUGCUAAUCGAGCCGUCCUGCAGCGUGGACAAGAACAGCGAGACGAGUACAUGAAGCUGUUACUCGAGAGCCAGGCUGAGGAGAGAGAGAUGAGGAGGCAAGAGUUGGCAUUCCUCCAGUCAGAAGCUAGAGAAAGCAGGCACCAACAGAGAGACUUUCAGGCUGGGUUUCUGUCUGUUCUUGGAGAGUUUGUACAGUCUUUCAAAAAGUAGCCACUUGACUGAACAGAUUCUCGUUUGCACUUUAAACCUUUGUCUUUGCACGCCUGCACACACAUAUAUAUAAAAAAUAUAUUAUAUAUAUAUAUGUGUGUGUGUGUAUAAAUGUUUCUUUGCACUGUUGGGAGUAGAUAUAUAGUAGUCAACAUUUGUAGUGGAUCAAAAUCUGUAAUGUAAGUGGUCCUAGAAUCUUCUUAUAAAGUCAACUCUGCACUUUUGAUCCACGUCAAAUGAUGACUACUGUACUUUAUAUACCAUUGGAAUUACUGCAGUUAAGUUUUUUUCUUUGGCUGGGCUGCUGCCUGUUAUUGGUCAGGUUCUAAAAUACAUUUGCACAUUAUUAUUGAAUUUUUCCAAAAUUUUAUUUCUAUUUGUACAUUUUAUAUUUUACUUUUGUCCCAAUUACUAAUGUAAAAUAAAGUUUGAA